AUGUCGACCCGUUUGAGGGAGCUGAUCAGGUCCGUUCGCGCGUGCAAGACCGCGGCGGAGGAGCGCGCCUUGGUCGCCAAGGAAUCCGCCGCCAUCCGCGCGUCCCUGAAGGAUGCCGAGGCGCACUACUCGCACCGCAACGUCGCCAAGCUGAUGUACCUGCACAUGCUCGGGUACCCGACGCACUGGGGGCAGAUGGAGUGCGUCACGCUGAUCGCGCGCGCGUCGUUUCCGGAGAAGAGGAUCGGCUACCUCGGCCUGAUGGUGCUGCUCGACGAGCGACAGGAGGUGACGAUGAUGGUCACCAACACGAUCAAGAACGAUCUGAAGCACCGCAACCACUUCAUCGCCGGCUUAGCGUUGUGCGCCCUGGGGAACAUAUGCACCGCCGAGAUGGCGCGCGACGUCGCCCCGGAGGUUGCCUCCCUGCUGCACAGCAAGAACAGCUACGUCCGCAAGAAGGCUGCGCUGUGCAGCGUCCGCAUCGUGAAGAAAGUUCCCGACCUAGCCGACGAGUUUGUGCCGGGCACCUCGGAGUUGCUCUCCGACAGGCACCACGGCGUUUUACUCUGCGCGGUGACCCUGGCGCUGGAGCUGUGCGUCCUGGACCAGGCGCACGUGACGCACUUUCGAAAGCACGUCCCGGUGCUGGUGAAGAUUUUGAUGUCUUUAAUCCGAGCCGGGUACUCGGCGGAACACGACGUGGGCGGACACGCGGAUCCGUUUUUGCAGGUGAAGCUGCUCCGGCUGCUCGCCAAGCUCGGCGCGGGGGACGCUGACGCCAGCGACGCCAUGUCGGACGUCCUCGCCAACGUCGCGUCCAACACCGACGGCUCCAAGAACGCGGGGAACGCCAUCCUCUACGAAGCCGUCAACGCGAUCAUCGGGACGGAAUCCGUGGGCGGCCUUCGGGUGCUGGCGGUGAACAUACUCGGAAGGUUCCUCGGCAACAAGGACAACAACAUCCGGUACGUCGCGCUCAACACCCUCGCCAAGGUGGUCGCGGUGGACACGCAGGCGGUUCAGAGGCACAGGCACACCAUCGUCGAGUGCGUCAAGGAUUCCGACGUCACGAUCCGAAGGUCGGCGCUGCAACUCGUGUACGCGCUCGUGAACGAUUCAAACAUCAAGACGCUCGCGAAGGAACUCCUGGAUUACCUCGGCGUCGCCGACGUGGAGUUCAAAUCCGAUCUCACCAGGCGGAUCGCCCAGCUCAUCACCAAGUACGCGCCCGAUCGCAGGUGGCACGUGGACACGAUGGUCGAGCUGUUGAGCAAGGGUGGAUCCUACGUGGCGGAGGAGGAGGCUCGGGAUUUCAUCGUCUUGAUCACAAACUCUCCGGAGCUUCAGGGUUACGCGGGCAGGGCGCUGUUCCGCGCGGCGUUCGAGUCCGAGCAGCACUCCAACCGCUUCCAGCUCAGCGCCGUCGCCGCGUGGGUUCUCGGAGAGUACGGCGACGCCGUCGUCGCCCAGUCCACCAGGCUGCAGGGUGAGGUUCACACGGUCAUCGCAGAGGCGGAUGUCGUCAAGCUGCUGGAGUCGAUCCUCGGCGAUUACCACGCCCCGACAGCGGUGAAGCAGGUGGCGAUCACCGCGCUCGCGAAGCUGGGCACCAGGUUCAAGACGCAGACGAGCGCGGUGCGGGGCGCGAUGGGCAAGGUUGGCACGAGCGCCAACGUCGAGCUGCAGCAGCGAGCGUCUGAGUUUUGCGGGAUAUUCGACCGAGGGCCCGCUCUGGCGGUGCCGCUGCUGGAGCGGCUCCCGCCGUUCGUGAUGAAGUCGAAGGAGGCGCUGCACGGCGUGGCGGGGCGGGGGAAACACGAGGGGACGGCCGUCCAUUCGGCUCCGGGCGGCGGCGGCGGCACAGCUGGCGGCGUGGGAGACCUACUCGGGGACUUCGCGGGACUGGACGAUUCGGUCCCCUCGUCGGCGGCGGCGGGCGGGACGGGCGGGGGCGCGGACCUGCUCGGAGAUCUCAUGGCCGGAUACGACGCGACGCCCGGAUACGCGGCGACGCCGACGGGCGCGUCGGUCGAUCCGCUGGCGGACCUCAUGGGGGGCGUGUCGAUGCAGCCGACGACGACGGCGACGGCGGCGGAUCCGUUUGCCGGCGGGGCGGCGGCGGCGGACCCUCUCGGGGAUCUCAUGGGCACGGGUGCGCCGUUGCUCGCGCCGCAGACGCGGCCGCAGCCCGCGGCCGAUCCUCUCGCGGAUCUCAUGGGGGGCAUCGCGGCGACGCCCGCGGCGCCGCCUCCGAUGAACGCGGCGGCUUUCGACGGAGCACCGCCCGCCGCGACUCCGUCGUUCAUCGCCUUCGCCAAGGAUGGGGUGGAGGUUUCGUUCGUCUGCGCGAAGCCCGACCCGAUGGACCCGUCCAAGACGACGGUGACGGCCACGACGGUGAACCGAGGCGGCGUCCCCUUGCUCGGGUACGUGCUGCAAGCCGCGGUGCCCAAGACGAUGUCGCUGUCGAUGCGGGCGGCUUCGGGCGAUUCGAUACCGGCGAAUGGAACGGUGACGCAGAGGCUCGACGUGACGAAUUCGCAGCACGGGACGAAGGCGCUGGCGAUGCGGCUGAGGUUGGCGUGGAACGCGGGCGGGGCGGCGGUGGUGGAGCAGGCGACCGUCGACUUUCCUCCCGGAUUGUGA